UGUCCGGGGCUGCCGCUGCUGCUGCUGGGCGGGGAGACCAGGAGCCCGAGGGGAGGCCGGAAAUUCUCGUCCGGGAGAAGGAAGAGAGAGCCUGUUGACUCUGAAUUUGCUUCAAAAUAGACGCCGUCUCUGUAGCCUGGGCUUAAGAAUCUUUCCGAGGAUACUUACCAGACCGUAAGGAGUGAUAACUACUGUCUAGGACCUGAAUUGGGAAAAAAAAAGGACAGCAGAGAAAGAAUGCUUAGCAAAUGAUGCAUAAAUGGAUGGACGUGUACCUAGAAAACCCUGUGAGAAGUCUUUCAUUGGAUCCUGUGAAUUUUUAUUUUUGUGGAUUACAGUAAUUCUUCCAAUAAUCCCUGCUGUUGACUGCUCAUGCAGUUGUUCUGGCAUGCAUCUAUGAAUACCAUAACAGAUAAAUCUGGCUGACAAGGAAAACGCUAAUGUUGGAAGAUCUGUGAACAUGAUGCAUGUGAAUAAUUUCCCCUUUAGGAGGCAUUCAUGGAUAUGUUUCGAUGUAGACAAUGGUACAUCAUCAGGACGAAGUCCCUUGGAUCCCAUGACAAGCCCUGGAUCAGGGCUAAUUCUUCAGGCAAAUUUUGUCCACAGUCAACGUAGGGAGUCUUUCCUUUACCGGUCAGACAGUGACUAUGACUUGUCUCCAAAGUCCAUGUCCAGGAACUCUUCCAUUGCCAGUGAUAUACAUGGAGAUGACUUGAUUGUGACGCCGUUUGCUCAGGUGCUGGCCAGCCUGCGUACUGUACGGAAUAACUUUGCUGCAUUAACCAAUUUACAAGAUCGGGCACCCAGCAAACGAUCACCAAUGUGUAACCAACCAUCUAUUAACAAAGCAACUAUAACAGAGGAGGCCUAUCAAAAACUGGCUAGCGAGACCAUGGAGGAGCUGGACUGGUGCCUGGACCAGCUGGAGACCCUGCAGACCAGGCACUCCGUCAGCGAAAUGGCCUCGAACAAGUUUAAAAGAAUGCUCAACCGGGAGCUAACCCACCUAUCUGAAAUGAGCAGGUCAGGCAAUCAGGUCUCAGAAUAUAUAUCAAACACAUUCUUAGACAAACAACAUGAAGUUGAAAUCCCUUCUCCAACACAGAAAGAGAAAGAGAAAAAGAAGAGGCCGAUGUCCCAGAUCAGUGGAGUCAAAAAACUCAUGCACAGCUCUAGCCUAACUAAUUCCAGUAUUCCCAGAUUUGGAGUUAAAACAGACCAAGAAGAUGUCCUUGCCAAGGAACUAGAAGAUGUGAACAAGUGGGGCCUUCAGGUUUUCAGAGUAGCAGAGUUAUCUGGAAACAGACCUUUGACUGUCAUCAUGCACACUAUUUUUCAGGAACGGGACUUGUUAAAAACUUUUAAGAUUCCAGUAGAUACUUUAAUAACUUACUUGAUGACCCUUGAAGACCAUUACCAUGCAGAUGUGGCAUAUCACAAUAACAUACAUGCUGCAGAUGUUGUUCAGUCAACCCAUGUGCUGCUAUCAACCCCAGCGUUAGAGGCAGUGUUCACUGAUUUGGAAAUUCUUGCAGCAAUUUUUGCCAGUGCCAUACAUGAUGUAGAUCAUCCUGGGGUUUCAAACCAGUUUCUUAUCAACACAAAUUCUGAACUUGCCUUGAUGUACAAUGACUCAUCAGUACUGGAGAAUCAUCACUUAGCUGUGGGUUUCAAGCUGCUGCAAGAAGAAAAUUGUGACAUUUUCCAGAAUUUGACCAAAAAACAAAGGCAGUCAUUGAGGAAAAUGGUCAUUGAUAUUGUCCUUGCAACAGAUAUGUCUAAGCAUAUGAAUCUACUGGCUGAUCUAAAAACUAUGGUUGAAACUAAAAAAGUGACCAGUUCUGGUGUUCUACUUCUUGAUAACUAUUCAGACAGGAUUCAGGUUCUUCAGAAUAUGGUGCACUGUGCAGAUCUAAGCAAUCCAACCAAGCCGCUCCAUCUCUACCGCCAAUGGACGGACAGAAUAAUGGAGGAAUUUUUCCGUCAGGGAGAUCGGGAAAGAGAGAGGGGAAUGGAGAUAAGUCCCAUGUGUGAUAAGCACAAUGCAUCUGUAGAAAAAUCACAGGUGGGUUUUAUAGACUACAUUGUUCAUCCUUUGUGGGAGACGUGGGCAGAUCUUGUUCACCCAGAUGCCCAGGAUAUCCUAGAUACACUGGAGGACAAUCGAGAAUGGUACCAGAGCACAAUCCCUCGAAGUCCCUCUCCUGCACCUGAUGACCAGGAAGAGGGAAGGCAGGGUCAAACUGAGAAAUUUCAGUUUGAACUAACACUGGAGGAAGAUGGUGAAUCAGACACUGAAAAGGACAGUGGAAGUCAAGUAGAAGAAGACACCAGCUUCAGUGACUCCAAGACUCUUUGCACCCAGGAUUCAGAAUCCACUGAAAUUCCUCUUGAUGAGCAAGUAGGGGAAGAAGUAGAAGAGGAGGAGAACCAAACAGAACCCUGUGUGGUCGAAGAUCAUUCUCCUGACACGUAACAAUGAAAAUGCAGUCUCUUUCUCUCUUAUACUCUCUCCCUUUCUUUUCCUCUUUCUCUCUGAGUUUUUUCGUUUUGUUUUGGAUAUUUUUUUUUUAAUUUAGGUAGUGGUUUCCAAAGUGUGUGUCAUAUACUACAACCAUGGUCACAACUUGCUGUCAUCUGCCAGGACAAUUGUUGAUCAAAACUGACAUUGAUGACUCAGUUUGGCACUCAGGAAUAUCGUAACCAGAAUUUUCACCUCAGUGGCAUCAGAAAGCAGGGGGAGAACAUCCAUAAACUACAUUUUAAUAAGCUCUGCAUUUGGCAGAUUCACUUAAAUAAAGCAAAUAUUUUCAGAGGAGUACCACCUGCAACCAAAUGCUGGUGUGCUUUGAUAGUUUUUGAAUUCAUUGUAUUUUGCAAGCAAAGCAUUGCAUAAUGUUCAUCUUGAGAGGAAACAGAUAGAAAACAAAUUGAGGUUCCUACUGGAAAACAAAUUCAUGUAAAUGAUGGGACACAACAUGAUUGUUACCAACAGGAAGAUGAGCUGUGAAAAUUGCAUAAUUUUCUAACUUCAAGUCUUCCUGAGACAUGACUGAAAAAAGUGUGACCCAGUGGGUUGCACUAACCUCUCCAUUUUGUAUAAUAUGUGAGAGACCUUUUGUAGAGCUUACUUUUAUUAAGUGUACCAAGGUAUUAUAUUAAAAAAACAAACCACUUUCGUCUGACAAGGGUUAUUUUUUUUCCAAAGAGGAACUUGCAAGUUUUCAAUACAGAUCUGUGCUACACUGGAUAAUACUUCUAGGGUUUUUUUUUUUGCUUGAGGUUUUUUGUUUGUUUGUUGUUUGGUUUUGUGGUUUUUGUUUGUUUG